UUGCGAAGGAGCCUUCCAGCAGGUCGACCACCGACAGUGUCGUUUUGAAAUCGGUGCAACCAGACACGUGGGGAACAAGUAAUAGUAUUGAUUAUGUAACGAAAGAUGAACUCCUUACAUGGAUUCAGGAUAAAGAUAACGUAUUGCAGAGAGACAUAAACCCUGCGACUGAUGGGUGAUCAGUCCAGGAUUCAUCCUGUCCUUCACUCGCUCCGAGUCUGCUGGUGACUGAUUAUGGGGUUCGAAAUGAAGACCUGAUGACUACAUCAAAUACAGACAAAAGCCACUAGCAAGUUUCUUAGAACAAAAUAGUGUUCCAUUCGUUUUAAAUCAAAUCGCAUGAAAUGAGAAUCAGCUCUCAAUACAAGGGAAGGAGCAUGUCCCAUGUCAAUUUCUUUUAAUUAAGUGAUUCUAGACUUUAUUAACUCACACUUGGAGAAAAAAAAACAUCUCUGCUUUUCAAGCAGAUAUGACUGACAAUGUGAGCUCCAGAGUUGACAAACUUGACACCCCAACUAAUAUUUCCCUGAGUCCCAGCCUUGCCAUUUCCCAGUCCCUGGAGUAUAAGACGGUGUCUGUCUUCUUGGUCCUGUUGGUGUGUAGUGUUGGCAUUGUGGGAAAUAUCAUGGUGGUCCUUGUUGUCCUGACCACCCGUCACAUGAGGACACCAACUAAUUGUUACCUGGUGAGCUUGGCCAUAGCUGAUCUAACUGUACUAGUAGCGGCUGGACUUCCGAACAUCUCAGACAGUCUCACGGGAACCUGGGUGUUUGGGCACGCCGGCUGCUUGGGAAUCACCUACCUGCAGUACUUGGGCAUCAAUGUGUCAUCCUGCUCCAUCACAGCCUUCACUGUGGAAAGGUACAUCGCAAUCUGCCAUCCAAUGAAGGCUCAGACUGUGUGCACAGUGUCCAGGGCCAAGAAGAUAAUUGCAGGGGUUUGGAUCGCCACCUGUAUUUACUGCAUAUUAUGGUUUUUCCUUGUGGAUAUACAGGUGAGCCUGGAUGGACAUGUUCAGUGUGGGUACAAGGUGAAGCGGGAGCUCUACCUGCCCAUCUACCUCAUCGACUUUGCUAUUUUCUAUGUCGUCCCAUUACUUCUCGCUAUCGUGCUCUACGGACUGAUAGCACGGAUUCUCUACCUCGGACCUCUGCCAAACCAACCCGAAACCAGUGCUACCACUUUGCGCCAAACCUGUCGACAGGUCACAGAAACGGGGAAGAGAAGUCGACCACGCCACCCGAAGAGUGCACUGUCCUCCAGGAAACAGGUGACAAAGAUGUUAGCUGUGGUGGUGAUCCUAUUCGCUCUGCUCUGGAUGCCCUAUCGAACAUUAGUUUUGAUCAACUCUUUUGUGUCCACACCUUAUUUGGAUGCCUGGUUCCUAUUAUUUUGUCGGACGUGCAUUUAUUCCAACAGCGCAAUCAACCCCGUGAUAUACAAUGCCAUGUCUCAGAAGUUCCGCUCAGCAUUUCGUGGGCUGUACCACUGCAAGCAGCAAGAGGGAAAGCAGAGGAGAUUGUCAGUCACCCCUGCAGGAUUUGUAACGGUCCGCGACCCUCAUACGUCAUUGUCCAAUAUGGGUGGACCAAAUGAAGAAGCCAAAAGAGCGAUUGUAAAUGCUGCUACAGACGUAAACAUAAAACUUAAUGGAAAUGAUCAUCAAGAGAUGAAGGUGAUCGAUGGCAACCAAGCAGACAAUUUUAUUUGGCCAGCAUCUUAUUGUUUACAUGUCAGUUCCAUUGACACGUCCCUCCUAAGUGAUGUGAAGGAGUCUCAUUCAAACGCUGACACAGUUUAUUUUCCUGACACGCAUCCAAAAAAAAACUCAACUGGAUGCUCCAUGAAUAUAUAGAAAGCUACUUAAUUUAUAGAAAUUUGAAAUACCCAUCUAACUAUUGAUGUCAAAAUAUUAUUUCUCAAUGACAAAAAAAAAAAAAACAAUCUCUAAAAAAAAUCCAUCAAGUAUUAACAACAGAAAGUCAAAUCCAAAAUGUUCUUUGUGACAAUAUUUUCGAUGUACCUGCACUGGUCUAGUCCGUAUUCUUUGUGGAGUAAGAAUUAAGAAGCCUAACCCACCCAUUUUCAGCCAUCCAAGGAGGCUGACAUUGUAAGCAGUACUGCCACCUGCUGUUGACUGAAACUGAAGACCAAAUGCCCUUGUUCUCGUAUAGGGAACCCACUACCCGAUUUUCUAGGUUUGGUCUUGUGACUUUUCCAAAGCGAAAAAAAAAAAAAAAUCACGACCAGCACCAGAACCAGAACCACCAGUUUAUUGACUGUGUUGCUACAGAGGAGUUGUGUUAAUAAAUCUAAAAUCAAUUUUCGUGUCAUCAUUUCACAAUUUCUGUCUUCACUGGUUUGAAUAAAUGUUCAUAGUGAGGCGAUUGGAUGAAUUCCUUCAGGGAAAAGAAAAAAAUAAAAGAGUUUUUAUGACGUUCCUUAAGAACACUAUAUAAGAUAUCAAAACUGCUCUUUUUCUUUUGGUAUGACAUCUUGAUCUUGUAUUUGUAAGGUUUAGUGCUGUGAAUGUCAUGUGAUCGACUACUUUUGCAUAACUCUGCCUAUCUACCCAAAAAUACUCUAUUUGUUUAUUUGGCCCUAAAAAGAAUGGAUGCGUAUAUUAUUUGUACAGUAUAGUAAGCAAAUUUGAAAGCUCACGCUGAGUGAAGUAAAACCGAAAUGUACAAACAAACUUAUCAUGCCACUGGCAGUCAAAUUUAUGAGUCAAUCCAAUAUUUGUAGCAUCUAGUUGCUAACGUUGUCUGGCUGCUGUUCUUUACUACUAAUUGUUAUGUCCAGUUAAUACAUUAAGACUGUCUUAUAAAAACAGCCCUUUAUACAAUACUGUACAGUGCCGUGAAAAAGUAUUUGCCCAUCUUCCUGAUUUCUGUGUUCUUUGCAUAUUUAUAUC